UGACGUGGAGAGCAGCGGAGCGGUGAGUGACACACAGAGUUGCGGCGGGGCAAGAUCACAAAGUGCCCGUGGCAGCGCGCGCGGACCGACACAGUCGCACGAGACUGGCGACACGCUCAGACACCGGUCGACUGGCCGCGUGUGACCCGAGGAUCCCAAUUUGACGGACAGACUCUGGCUCCGCUGGCAGGAAAAGGUGGAACUAAACUACAUUUUGACUUGAGAGCGAUGCACUGGAAGCAUGGCCAAGUGGUUCAAGGAGCACCUAGGAUUCAAAACUACCAAAGCACCCCCUCCGGCUCCUCCAAAACCGGACUACAGACACUGUCACACCGGUGUGCCCGGAGCGCCUGGCUACCAACAAACAAGCUCCGGGGCCACCUUCCCCAGCCCCGCUCAGCCGGACAUCCUCGCUGCUUACAAACUACAAAAGGAGCUGGACUUCGAGGACCCGUACACUCCAGGUGGAAAUAUUACAUACGGCUCGAGCUUGAACACUGUGGGGUCACCGGACAUCAAGUAUGUGUCCCCCAAACACCGACUUAUCAAGGUGGAAACUAUCGAAAAGAGCAGCCCAGCUCCGGGUAGCGGUGUCACAGUCACACAAGCUGUUGCUGUGGGGAGUGUUAAAUCUCCCACUUCACCUCACUCUGAACAAGACAACAAGGAAAAGCUCAUUAUUCUUGAAGACUAUGCGGACCCUUUCGAUGCCGAGCAGGCUGGUGGCACUCAGACCACUACGGAAAAAGUGACAACCGAGAAUGACGGCUACAUGGAGCCAUACGAGGCCCAGAAGAUGAUGGCAGAAAUACGUUCUGGGGGGCGAGGAUCAAAGGACGGAUCGUUGAGGCAGUUGCCCCUGUACGACACGCCGUACGAGCCAGCCGAGAACGGUGGAGACUCUGACCCUGAGCGCUCGCGCUGUCCCAGAGAAAGCCGACUGCCACAGGAUGAUGAACGACCCCCUGAGGAGUACGACCAGCCCUGGGAGUGGAAGAAAGAGAGGAUUUCCAAAGCCUUUGCAGUAGAGAUUAAAGUGAUCAAGGACCUACCGUGGCCCCCUCCUGUUGGGCAGCUCAACACCAGCCCUCCCCCUGCGGAGGAGCUGGAGUCUCCCUCGCAGACAGCUCAGCCCUCUCCUGGACAGACAAGCUGUGACCAGCACCACCAGGUUCAGUUUGAUGGAGUGGAGAAAUCUCGCAUGUCGCCUACAAAGGACGGUAAAACCCGCCCGCUGCAGCGACACUCCAGUGGCUGUCUGGUCAACACCAAAUUGUCUUCACUGGACCACUGCAGCUCUUCUCUCGGGGAGCGUAUUGACCCCUCCAUGCCCCUAGAGAGCCAGUUCUGGUACCAUGGAGCGAUAAGUCGAACAGAUGCUGAAUCUCUGCUCAGGCUGUGUAAGGAGGCCAGCUACCUGGUGAGAAACAGCGAGACCAGCAAGAACGACUACUCCCUCUCCCUUAAGAGCAGCCAGGGCUUUAUGCACAUGAAGCUGUCACGGACGAAGGAAAACAAGUACAUCCUUGGCCAGAACAGCUGCCCUUUCGACAGUGUGCCUGAGAUUAUUAAUUUCUACUCCACCCGCAAGCUGCCCAUCAAGGGAGCUGAACACAUGUCCCUGCUCUACCCUGUAGCCAUCAGGACACUAUAGUGCUCUGGGUCACCUGCAAGCGGUCAGCCCCUGCAGCUCUCACUGGGCCACCCUGUGGCUCCACACUUCCUGUCCCUCUGGACACAGCCAUGUAGGCUCAUGGGAAAAUGAACAGUUGUGUCCCAAUACUGCUGAUCCUGACUCACCUCACUGGCCGACAGAUUCCAGACCUGUGCUGAAGGCCUACUUCAAACACACAGACUCAAUGGAGAAGUCUUUAUUAUUUUAUUUUAUUUAAUUUAUGACAGACACCCACUUUCUUACAUCACAGACUGAUUAUCUGAUGAGUAUCAUUUCAUUGAUUCUGGAGCUGACUUCCCUUAGCACUUAACACUCAAAGAAAAAGAAAGGUACAGCAUUGUUACAUUUGUUACAUGGGUGAGCUGUUUAUUAUGAGAUUGUUGUACCUUUUUCAGAAGAGAGAGCGUCAUAAAUAUUGCGUUUGAACAAGUUUGUUUUACUCAUUUGGUUAGGCUCUGUUGAUACUGUAAUUGUUAGCGAGGGGACUUGAAGAUGGUAAGAGUCAUAUAAGGGAAACGACAUUUAUGAGGCAUGUUGAGGGAUAUCGUCCACAUGGGCCCCAUCCAGUGGGCAGGAUAUUGAAUAAAGAGGCCCUGUAUGAAUGGUGUGUCCCCAGCUGUGUGGAAUAACAGGCCUGUGAGCCGCACAGUCUGAUAUCUCUAUCUUGUCAUAGUGCAUGUUGUCUGCUAUCCAUCACUGAGUGGGUGUAUCACACCAAUGACAGUGUAAGUAGCAUCUUGGUGAGACAGGCAGGAGAGCAUGAUGGAUGGGUCAGCCCGUCUGACACAGUACAAUUGGCUAAGGCCGGAGACCAGAGCCUGUCCAAAUGGACCAAAUUAGCCCCGCUUAGAACGGCUUUGCAUCGGGAGAAUGAAAUAUGCCUGCAUUGUCUACCUCAGAAAAUCCAUUUCAUUCACCCAUCUGCAGAUCAAUAGGUACAAUGGGAUUGCAGACAUCGAUCUGUCUUCCCUUCUACAUUCCCAAUUCCCUCACAAUUGCGUCAUAGGUUUUAGGAAUAUGUUUUCUGAAUACAAUUAAUACAAGAUUUUGAUUAUGAAAACAAGCAGAUUUUUCAGAUCAGCAGUUGUAUGUAAAGUCAUUAAUAUGAAACAGUGUGAUGUCAGUAACAAAUGUUUGGUUAAUGCCUUAUAAUGCAUGGGUCGAAUCAGUCCGCUAGAUCAGCUGAUUUCCAAUUCUGCUUUUAAAGAUUGUUCUGUGACUGUAAUUUAUUCUGGGGUAACUAUAAUUGAUGUGUUACUCCUUGCCCUCAUUGUUCCGUGCAGAUGUGAUCGUGUUUUUUGGGACUUUUCCAACCUGUUAAACUAUGGUGCUUUGCAUUUUUGUUCAUCAAGUACUGCUUUGUGCACGUUUGCCUAGGUGGCCUGGGGCGCGGGUCACAGCGUCUCCUGCCCAAAGGGUUUGUCAAACCUUGGGUGAGAGAUGAUCGCAUUUUCCCACUGGACCAAUAACACCGCAGCCUGAAUAAUAACAGAUAGCUACCAUACCCUAGCAUUCAAAUCCCUAUCAUCUAUCCUUUACUAACAGAUGUGCGAACAUGUGAGAAUGUUGUAAGAAUGAACAGUGUUUUCAUGUGUAUGUAAAUGCAAAUGUGUGCACAGAGUCCUGAGUUCUGUUCUGUUGUUUUGUCCAUUUGUUUUUGAACCUUGCUGGUACAAGCUGGUGACAGCCUUGGCUUGAACCAGCAUUUUUUUCCCUCCUGUAAAACAAAUACGAAUUCAGCCCUAUCACUCUCAAAUUAUGGAUUCCUCUUAUAUUCAGUCUGUACUUUAAAUGAGACAGUAACUUAAAAAAACAUCAUGCUGUAUUGAAGAAACAUGAGAUUUAUAAAUUGGUUUGGAAAAUCUAGUAAGAGGAAUGGCCAUUCGAGAAGUGCAGUCUCCCCCUGCUGGCCAUUAAAGAGAAUGCAGGUUUGAGAAACUUCCUCAUUGACUUCACUAUUAAAACUACUGUAGUUUUCCCCUUUUGAAAAAUGUAUCGCACUCAAUGAUGUCAGAUACUGAUACUGUCCACACCAUGAAGUGAGUCUAAUGAGAGUAUGUAAUUCUCAUAUGAUCAAAAUGUCUCUACAAAGGAAAAAGUAUGCUGAAUUCAGUGGUAUACUGAGAAAAUCCCAGAAAGAUUUUAAUUUUAUGGAGGGCUUGGUCCAAACUAAAAGUAACUGACACUACGGACCUUCAAGAGCAUGACAUCUGUUUAAUCAAAGAGAGGUUCCUUUUUUGCUUUCACAUUACUCCGCUAUGUGCUAUGCAACUUUAACCUACAGUCAUUGAAGGGAAAAUGAUUGGAGAGUGUGCCUCCACCAAAUGUUUAUGAUAAACAUGAUGGUGCAAAAAUGUCCGCUAGAUGUAAUCAGCAGAACAGCCUGUGAAGACGAAGCAGAAAAAAAAUGGGAUGUAAGCAGACUUCUGUUUUGCUGGUGCAGUAAGUGAGCAGACAGAUGCUGCUGUCAUUAGAUGAGUAUGUGAGGUGAGGGUGUCUGUCCAUGUAAUAGGCAACCUCUGCAGCUUUAUUAAGGAAAAGUAUUUAGUCGAAGUGGACCUAUGUGUUUCCUCAAGAGAGAGGUUAUCCUAAGAAAAAAUACAAAUUAAAUAAAUAAACUAUGUGUGAUGUAUGAGAAUUCUUCCCUGUGAUCAAAUGUUGACAGUAGAGGCUCCUUACUUAGUUACUGCUGCUGAUGAGUAUUACUCUACUAAAGGGAAGAGCCUGCUUAUGAUGGCCACACUGCCUAGAGAGAGAGAGGCCUUAGCUUUGGAGAAAGGGAAGAUGAGAAUGAAGGGGAGGCAGAGGAGGGGAUGGUGUUCUGACGGGGGGAGGGGGGGGGGAGAUUCACUGCAAUCAGCAGACACACUCUUCUUGUUCUUAUGUUUCUAUUCUGAGAACCUGAAUGAGCCCCUUCUCCUCCCUCAGAAGUGUCUUAAGGGGUGUGUAUGUGUGCGCACACACAAUUGUGCAUGCUUGAAACAGUGUGUGGCUGGGUGUGUGUGUGUUGGUGUGAGCAACCAUCAGCCAUCGACUUGUGAGUAUCAUGUGUAUGAGUUUCCUUUGUGUACAUUUUCAUGCCACGUAUGUAUGCACUACUAUAACAUAUCUCUGUACAGUCCCUCAUGGCCAAAUGUAUAUACUGAAUGUAUUGUAUGGGGACAGAGUAUCAAGGUUCAAAAGAAAUAAAAUUGGGUUUAUGAGUUAA